GAGAGAGAAAGAGAGAGAGAGAGAGAAAGAGAGAGAGAGAGAGAGAGAGAGAGAUUAAUAGGGAGUAGGCAGGCGCAGUAGCAGACUCCUAUAUCUGCCAGACGGAGACGGACGGUGCCAGCUGCUAGCUCAGUUAGCUCCACUAGAAGACAGUUAGCAACUAGCUGCAGAGCCUCAGAGCCUUCACUACAUGUGAGCGACUGAGAGAGAGUGUGUGUGUGUGUGACAGCGUGCUUUGAGCUCCCAGAAGUCACUCCGUGUGUGUGUGUGUAUAAACUCUUCCUCUUCAGAGCAGCAGCGUGUUUGCGUGUCGGUGUGUGUGAGUGAGUGUGAGGUUAGCACGCACACAUAAACACUGUGAUAGUCGACUGUUUACAUCUGGUGUCCGGUUACUUGCCAGCGGAUUCACAUCAUUUACAGGCACCGAGACAGCACCAGCAUCAUGUUGAGGUACACUGUAGUCCGAGGCGGUCUCGGCCUGUUGGCUGUGAGGAGGGCGUGUGUCUCCCCCCGCUUCAGCCACUCUGCCCCGCAGAACCAGUACCGACCAAUCAAGAAAGUCAUGGUGGCCAACAGAGGUGAAAUCGCCAUCCGUGUGUUCAGAGCCUGCACCGAACUGGGGAUUCGAACCGUGGCCGUCUACUCCGAGCAAGACACCGGACAAAUGCACAGGCAGAAGGCAGACGAGGCUUACCUGAUUGGAAAAGGCCUUCCACCUGUUGCGGCAUACCUGGACAUUCCUGACAUCAUCAAAGUAGCCAAGGAAAACAAUGUGGACGCCAUCCACCCGGGCUACGGUUUCCUCUCCGAGCGGGCGGACUUUGCCCAGGCCUGCCAUGACGCGGGGGUGAUGUUCAUAGGACCGACCCCAGAAGUGGUCGCCAAGAUGGGAGACAAGGUGGAGGCUCGCUGCCUGGCCAUCAGUGCAGGUGUACCUGUGGUCCCAGGAACCGAUGCCCCCAUCUCCUGCCUGCAGGAGGCGCAGGUGUUCGCCGAGACGUAUGGCUUCCCCAUCAUCUUCAAAGCAGCCUACGGAGGAGGAGGUCGCGGCAUGAGGGUGGUCAAAGAGUACGAGGAACUUGAGGAGAAUUACCAGCGGGCCUACUCUGAAGCCCUGACGGCUUUUGGGAACGGAGCCCUGUUUGUUGAGAAGUUUAUCGAAAAGCCAAGACACAUUGAAGUACAGAUCCUCGGCGAUAAAUAUGGUAAUGUCAUCCACCUCUACGAGAGAGACUGCUCCAUUCAGCGGAGACACCAAAAGGUUGUGGAGAUCGCACCGGCUUUCCAACUGGACCCACAUCUGAGAAACCGACUUCACGCUGAUGCCGUCACCCUCGCCAAACGGGUGGGCUACGAGAACGCAGGGACCGUGGAGUUCCUGGUCGACAGACAAGGCAAACACUACUUCAUCGAGGUCAACUCUCGACUGCAGGUUGAGCACACGGUCACCGAAGAGAUCACUGAUGUGGACCUGGUGCAUGCCCAGCUGCACGUGUGUGAGGGCCGCAGCCUGCCAGAACUGGGCCUCAAACAAGACAAGAUCAGGGUGAACGGCUGUGCGAUCCAGUGCAGAGUGACGACCGAAGACCCGGCCAGAGGCUUCCAGCCAGACACCGGGAGGAUUGAGGUCUUCCGAAGCGGCGAAGGCAUGGGCAUCCGCCUGGACAGUGCCUCGGCCUUCCAGGGUGCCGUCAUUUCACCCCACUACGACUCCCUGUUGGUCAAAGUCAUCGCCAGCGGGAAGGACCUGCAGACGGCAGCUUCCAAGAUGAGCCGAGCCCUGGCUGAGUUCAGAGUGCGAGGGGUCAAGACCAACAUCCCGUUCCUCCAGAAUGUGUUUUCCAACCACCAGUUCCUCCACUCCACCGUGGACACCCAAUUCAUCGACGAGAACCAAGAACUCUUCAACCUCAAACCUACUCAGAACCGAGCCCAGAAACUACUGCACUACCUGGGUCAUGUGAUGGUAAAUGGACCAACCACACCCAUCCCCGUCAAGGCUAAGCCUUCCUCUAUAGACCCCGUCAUCCCUCCUGGCAUCAUGGGUGACCCCCCGAUUGGUUUCCGUGACGUGUUGCUGCGUGACGGUCCCGAGGGAUUCGCCAAGGCUGUCCGCGCACACCAAGGUCUGUUGCUAAUGGACACCACCUUCAGGGAUGCCCACCAGUCGCUCCUUGCGACUCGGGUUCGGACCCACGACUUGAAGAAGAUCUCGCCGUUCGUCAGCCACAACUUCAACAACCUUUUCAGCCUGGAGAACUGGGGAGGUGCUACCUUUGAUGUGGCCAUGCGCUUCCUGUCCGAGUGCCCAUGGAAGAGACUCCAGGAGCUGAGAGCUUUGAUCCCAAACGUUCCUUUCCAGAUGCUGCUGAGAGGGGCCAACGCCGUUGGCUACACCAACUACCCCGACAACGCUGUCUUUAAGUUCUGCGAGGUGGCCAAGGAGAACGGCAUGGACAUCUUCCGCGUGUUCGAUUCCCUGAACUACUUGCCAAACAUGCUGCUGGGCAUGGAGGCUGCCGGAGCAGCAGGUGGCGUAGUGGAGGCUGCCAUCUCGUACACGGGCGACGUCUCCGACCCGAUGAGGCAGAAGUACUCUCUGGACUACUACGUGAACCUGGCCGACGAGCUGGUCAAAGCCGGAACCCACAUCCUCUGCAUCAAGGAUAUGGCCGGCCUGCUGAAGCCACAGGCCAGUAAGCUUCUGAUCGGCUCUCUGAGAGACCGCUUCCCAGAUGUACCCAUCCAUGUGCACACACAUGACACAGCUGGGGCCGGUGUCGCCGCCAUGCUGGCUUGUGCUGAGGCUGGAGCUGACGUAGUGGAUGUGGCUGUCGACUCUAUGGCCGGGAUGACCUCUCAGCCCAGCAUGGGAGCCAUGGUGGCCUGCGCCAAGGGGACCAAACUCGACACCGGCAUUGCUCUGGAGAAGGUAUACGACUACAGCGAGUAUUGGGAAGUAGCCAGAGGCCUGUACGCUCCAUUCGACUGCACCGCCACCAUGAAAUCUGGCAACGCUGACGUCUACGAGAACGAGAUACCCGGAGGACAGUACACCAACCUUCACUUCCAGGCUCACAGCAUGGGACUGGGAAACAAGUUCAAGGAGGUGAAGAAGGCCUAUACCGAAGCCAACAAACUACUAGGAGACCUCAUUAAGGUGACUCCGUCCUCUAAGAUCGUGGGUGACUUGGCCCAAUUCAUGGUGCAGAACAACCUGACCAGGGCCGAAGUGGAGGAGAGGGCAGAUGAGCUGUCCUUCCCCCUUUCCGUGGUGGAGUUCCUGCAGGGAUACAUCGGGAUACCACACGGAGGAUUCCCAGAGCCGUUCAGAUCUAAGGUGCUGAAGUCCCUCGCCCGUAUUGAGGGUCGCCCCGGCGCCUCUCUGCCACCCAUGGACUUCGAGGCCCUGGAGGCGGGGCUCCGCUCUGCACAUGGCGAGGAGAUCACCCCUGAGGAUGUGAUGUCAGCAGCCAUGUACCCCAAGGUGUUCCAGGAGUUCAAGGACUUUACUUCUAACUUUGGUCCAGUGGACUGCCUCAGCACCAGGCUGUUCCUGGAUGGACCCAAGAUCGCUGAGGAGUUUGAGGUGGAGCUGGAGAGAGGCAAGAUCCUCCACAUCAAGGCGCUGGCACUGGGUGACCUGAACAAGGCCGGCCAGAGAGAGGUCUUCUUUGAGCUGAACGGACAGCUGAGAUCCGUGCUGGUUAAAGACACUCUCGCCAUGAAGGAAAUGAAGUUCCACCCCAAGGCUCAGAAGUCCAUCAAGGGUCAGGUGGGAGCACCCAUGCCUGGGAAAGUCCUGGAGGUCAAAGUGGAAGUGGGAUCCAAGGUGGAGAAGGGUCAGCCGCUGUGCGUCCUCUCGGCCAUGAAGAUGGAGACCGUGGUCAACUCCCCGGUGUCCGGCACCGUUAAGGCUAUCCAUGUCAUGACCGACUCCUCCCUGGAGGGAGAUGACCUGAUACUGGAAAUCGAGGAGUAGAGCGAGGUGGCAGAGGGAGGGGGGGAGUAGUAGUAGUAGGCGGGAGUUAAAUCAUCUGAUUUUAGAAAUGGUGAGGUGAAGGAACAGUGGGGGAUAAAAAAAUAAAAAAAAGGAGGAAGAGGAAAUCCUUUGUGGCAGUACUGACAUUUUGGCCCCCAAUUUGUACAUAUUCUGUUCGGUUACACUGGGGACACAAAAUGAAGCACAGCUCCACACAUAUCCAGACACCUGAUGGUAUAAAUAGUAGAUGAUAUAACAAUCCUAAAUAAUAUAUUAAUUUGAUGGGAAUUCCUUAUUGAAUUGUACCACUAAUCCUGUAAUUCUCCCCUAGGUGUAGUGAUUAGGUCAAAAAACAGUACAUGUCUUAACAUCCUGUCAACUUGUGGAAAAUAACGUAAUUUAGAAAGACAUUAUAUAUCUGAAUUGUGAUACAUUCCAUUACUGAAAUGCUAGUCUUAAAUGUGAUGUACUGCAAAAUGAGCUCACCAUGUGUAACACUAACAGGGUCGUAAAAACAUCUACUGAAACGCCACAAAUUCCAUUUCUAUGCUGAUGAUGCUGCUUAGUAUAUUCAAAGUGAGUAGUAGGUGAAUCUUUCUAUUAAUGACUACUAAAUGUUUUUCCUUGUAAUCAUCAGGGUUCAGACAAAGAAGGAUAGACUCGAGGAUGUAUUACCAAAUCAUUAUUUUUUUUUUUUCAUAUGAGAAAAAUAUUUUUUUGCAAGACAUUAUUAAUCACUGACAUUAGUCACAGUGGAGCGGUAGCAUUUACUCACUGUUUUAUAAUAGGUAUAAAUGAUUUUGUUCUUUGGAAAGACAACAAAGCACACUGGGGUUUACAAAGGGGCUGAAGGAAAGAUUUCACAAUAUUUUGUCCAACCUGUUUUUAGAUAUAUGUGAUGACAAAAAAAAUAUUUUCACAAUAAGAGAAGCACAAUAAAGCACCGUUUUAAGGUUGAUGGGGGACACAGAUAUACAUGCCAGAAACGUCCAAAGUGAAAAGGGUAUUCUGUUACUGUAUCAGUAAUAGUAGAUGGUUUAUUUUGUUUUUGAAAGAUCUGUACGGUGUUGACAAUGUUUCCCCAUUCACACCUGUCUUUUAAAAUCCCAAAGCCAUAAGCACGUUAUAGCGACACGGUUGAAAUGAAGCUGUAGGUCAUGUUGGAAACACCCAAACAGGAUUAGAGAUGUGAUUUUCACAAAGUACCUCUGUUAUAGUUGGUUUAACUGACGUUUUCUUAAUCCUAAACCAGCUGUAGGGCUGCCCACUCAAACCAAUUGCGCUCUAUCUGCUGGAUUGUUUUACAGGUGUAAAGUCACAGAGUCUUAAGGUGGCAUUUGGGGCAUGUUUAGUGUCUCUGGUUUGAUGUUGAAAAAACUGUCAGAGGAGCAGCUCCACUCUGUCUCUUCAGAACCAGACACAGAUUACAGUGAACGGUCCUCCUCUGAGUGCAUGGGGAUUUUAAUGCUAGGUGUAAAUGGGAUUACACGGAGGCAUGUGGUGUUAUUUUCUGAGGCUCGGCUGAUUAAUUUAUGAAUUAAUUCUCUGUCAAAUGAUGUGAAAUUAGCCGGACUAAUAAGAGACUCUGGAGACUCCCAGUAGCAGCACUCGGCUUUAUAUUUCUAAUGUGUGUGUGUGUGUUUGCAUAAAUGAGUCCAAAUGCACGUGUGUAUGUGUGUGUGUGCGAGCAAAUUUUAAGACAAAGUCAACCAUAAUGUUGCACCUCCAGAGACACAAAACACAUUCUAAAAGAAAUUAAAUAUUCAUACACACGCACGGAUGCAAAAAUAUUCACGCUAACACUCCCGGCCAUCGAGUGCUGCCUGGAUAAAAAGGAAACCAAAUACACCUUACAGUGGUGUGGCUACGUCACCAUGGCAACACUGUAUCCAAAACAACAACGACCAGCUAUCAGAUGAUCUUACUGAAUUAAACUCUCACAAGAUUGAACUUUGUCUUAACUCCGUUUUCCACUAAUGUCAGGCCUUCAUCAGGUCUUGAUCUUUUUGAAUGUUUAAGUACCCCGACUAGUGAAAGUAGACAGAUGAGAUCACAUAUCAGUUACAGUAGGAAAGGAAGCCAGAAAAGACACAACAACAUCUUAGUUUCCCAAAAAACGCCCGUGCAGCUCCGACAGAAUACAUCGAUCGAAAACACAAAACUGUUUGUACUUGGCUGAAUUGUUUCCAGCAGUUUCGCUCCAUUACCUCGGAGAAUGAGUCCCCCUUUUUGAACUAUGCAUCAAUACUGAGCAGUGAUGCUGUAGUUAAUUAGAACACCGAUAUGUCUCCCCAGCCCGCUGCCGUGCCUCACUGUACCUCCUGGUUUUAUCAGUCUGUUGAAAGAGGUGGGGAUGGAAGUGGUGGGAUUGUAUGAAUGAGUGUUUUUGACAAGCUGUUGCGCAAUAAGUUCCCUCCUCCUCUCCUUAGCGGCUCUCCUAGUUUAUCUGUUUUCCAGCCUCGUCCAUCUAUCCAACCACCUUUUCAUCACCUUUUCCUCUCCAUCCCCCUCUCUCUCUUCUCUAAAUAGUGUAGAUUUUCACAUGAAGGAUGUGGACAUCAACUCAUGUUAUAAUAAACUGUAUCGCAGUGUUUCUCUGUCUUAGCCAGCAGUGAUUAUAACAACCAUACUUAUGACAAUGUACUACUGUUCAGUGUCUGGGGGUAAAAAAAAGAAUAAAUUAAAGACUAGCUGGGAAAUGUUAUUCGUUUCAGAAAGGGGGAUAAAACAUUGACCUCUUCCUGAGCUCACACUAUCAAGAGGUGAACCGUCGCAGAGAGUAUGAAAAUAGGAUCUGUGACAUUUAUUUUUUCAUUCUAUUUCUUUCCUUUGUGUGUUUUUAUGAAACCAAACAAACUGUUUAUUUACUCUCUCGGUUUAGCAGGCGUGACCGCCUGCAGAUUCAAAAUGUCUCCGUGGAAUUUCUUUCAAAAUGUUCACUCGUUGUCUUUCAUUUUCCUAUUUCUAAAUAAUCCUACUUGUGAAAUCGACAUUUUAGUUUAGUCAUUGCCAUUUACUGAGGUAGUUUACAUUUAAAGAUCUAAGUAUGUUUAAAGUCCUAGGGAAGACUGUGAGCUGGAGCGCACAAAAAGGGAAAUAUGAAAGCGAUAAUUGUUCUUGUUCUAUUGUACUUACAAAUAAAGUUAACUAUAGCUGAA